UGUCAUCGUAUCAGAACUCAGAUAUAUUAUACAAGCCGCAAACCCGACAAAAUAUACGGCAUAAUUGAGAGGUUGUCAACAGGCUCGAGAAAGAUCGAACUUUUCGGAAGAUUACACAACGUGCGACCGAACUGGGUAACAAUUACACAUCAACUGCCCAAUAUUAUGAUUGUAGACCCCAAAAUGAAAGAAGCAUUUUCUAACUCAUUCCCAAAUGGAAAC